CCUGGCGGCCGGCGCAGCGCGCAGCCUCCGCCCCGGCUCGGUGCGCACGCCCGCGGCCCCGCGCUAGCCCCGUCCGCCCCGCGCCGCCGAGUCCCGCGCCCCCUGCACGGCCGCCGCUGCGUCCCGACCGAGUGCGGAGCCCGGCGCGAUGCGACGCUCCGAAGCGGGCCGCGCCGUGCUCCUGGCGCUGCUGGCCGCGCACUUCCAGGCGAGUCCGGCGCUGGAGGAGAAGAAAGUUUGCCAAGGGACAAGUAACAAGCUCACCCAGUUGGGCACUUUUGAAGACCACUUUCUCAGCCUCCAGAGGAUGUUCAAUAACUGUGAGGUGGUCCUUGGGAAUUUGGAAAUUACCUACAUGCAAAGUAGUUACAACCUUUCUUUCCUAAAGACCAUCCAGGAGGUUGCUGGCUAUGUACUCAUUGCCCUCAACACAGUGGAGACGAUUCCUUUGGAAAAGCUGCAGAUCAUCAGAGGAAAUGUGCUCUAUGAAAACACCCAUGCCUUAGCGGUCUUAUCCAACUACGGUGCAAAUAAAACGGGACUGAGGGAGUUGCCCAUGAGAAACUUACAGGAGAUCCUGCAAGGCGCCGUGCGAUUCAGCAACAACCCUGUCCUCUGCAACAUGGACACCGUCCAGUGGAGGGACAUCGUCAACGCCGACUUUCUAAGCAAUAUGUCGAUUGAAUUUCAGAGCCAGCUGAGCAGAUGCCCAAAGUGUGAUCCAGCCUGUCUUAAUGGAAGCUGCUGGGGUGCAGGGAAGGAGAACUGCCAGAAACUGACCAAAGUCAUCUGUGCCCAGCAGUGUUCCGGGCGCUGCCGCGGCAGGUCCCCCAGCGACUGCUGCCACAGCCAGUGUGCCGCCGGCUGCACGGGGCCGCGGGAGAGUGACUGCCUGGUCUGCCGCAGGUUCCGGGACGGAGCCACGUGCAAGGACACAUGCCCGCCACUCAUGCUGUACGACCCCACCACCUACGAGAUGAAAGUCAACCCGCUGGGGAAGUACAGCUUCGGCGCCACCUGUGUCAGGAAGUGUCCCCGUAACUACGUGGUGACGGACCACGGCUCGUGCGUCCGCGCCUGCAGCUCUGACAGCCAGGAGGUGGAGGAGGACGGCGUCCGCAAGUGUAAAAAGUGUGACGGACCUUGUGGCAAAGUUUGUAACGGAAUAGGAAUUGGUGAGUUUAAAGAUACACUUUCCAUAAAUGCUACAAAUAUUAAACACUUCAGAAAUUGCACCUCGAUCAGUGGAGACCUUCAUAUCCUGCCAGUAGCAUUUAAGGGUGAUUCCUUCACACGUACUCCACCUCUGGACCCAAAGGAACUGGACAUUCUAAAAACUGUAAAGGAAAUAACAGGGUUUUUGCUGAUUCAGGCCUGGCCUGCAAACAGGACUGGCCUCCAUGCUUUUGAGAACCUGGAAAUCAUACGUGGCAGGACGAAGCAACAUGGUCAGUUUUCUCUGGCGGUUGUUGGCCUGGAUAUAACGUCCUUGGGAUUACGCUCCCUCAAGGAGAUAAGUGAUGGAGAUGUGAUCAUUUCAGGAAACCGAAAGUUGUGCUACGCAGAUACAAUAAACUGGAAAAAACUCUUUGGGACCUCAAGUCAGAAAACCAAAAUUACCAACAACAGGAGUGAAAAAGAGUGCAAGGCCAUGGGCCACGUCUGUAACCCGCUGUGUUCGUCAGAGGGCUGCUGGGGCCCGAAACCCGAAGACUGCAUGUCCUGCCGAAACUUCAGCCGUGGCAGGGAGUGUGUGGAGAAGUGCAACAUUCUAAAAGGAGAGCCCAGGGAGUUCGUUGAAAACUCCGAGUGCGUGCAGUGCCAUCCGGAAUGCCUGCCCCAGGCCAUGAACGUGACCUGCACGGGACACGGACCAGGCAGCUGUGUAAAGUGUGCCCACAACAUCGACGGCCCUCACUGCGUCAAGACCUGCCCUGCUGGAGUCACAGGAGAAAACAGCACCCUGAUCUGGAAGUUUGCAGAUGCCAAUCACGUGUGUCACCUGUGCCACCCCAGCUGCACCUACGGCUGUGCUGGGCCCGGUUCUGAAGGCUGUGCAGUGAGUGGGCCCAGGAUUCCGUCCAUCGCCACCGGGAUGGUGGGCGCCCUGCUGCUGGCCCUGGUGCUGGCCCUGGGGGUCGGCCUCUUUCUGCGCAGGCGCCGCAUCGUCCGCAAGCGCACGCUGCGCCGGCUGCUGCAGGAGCGCGAGCUUGUCGAGCCUCUGACGCCCAGCGGAGAAGCUCCCAACCAAGCUCUCUUGAGGAUCUUAAAGGAGACGGAAUUAAAAAAGGUCAAGGUGCUGGGCUCCGGAGCAUUCGGCACGGUGUACAAGGGACUCUGGAUCCCAGAAGGCGAGAAGGUUAAAAUUCCUGUGGCUAUCAAGGAAUUAAGAGAAGCCACAUCUCCAAAAGCCAACAAGGAGAUUCUUGAUGAAGCCUACGUGAUGGCCAGUGUGGACAAUCCGCACGUGUGCCGCCUCCUGGGCAUCUGCCUGACGUCCACGGUGCAGCUCAUCACGCAGCUCAUGCCCUUCGGCUGCCUGCUGGACUACGUCCGCGAGCACAAGGACAACAUCGGUUCCCAGCACCUGCUCAACUGGUGCGUGCAGAUCGCAAAGGGCAUGAACUACCUGGAAGACCGGCGCCUGGUGCACCGAGACCUGGCGGCCAGGAAUGUGCUGGUGAAGACGCCGCAGCACGUCAAGAUCACGGAUUUCGGCCUGGCCAAACUGCUCGGCGCCGAGGAGAAAGAAUACCACGCGGAGGGGGGCAAGGUGCCUAUCAAGUGGAUGGCUUUGGAAUCAAUUCUACACCGAAUUUAUACCCACCAGAGUGACGUCUGGAGCUACGGAGUCACCGUUUGGGAGUUGAUGACCUUUGGGUCCAAGCCUUACGACGGGAUCCCCGCGAGUGAGAUCUCAACCGUCCUGGAGAAGGGAGAACGCCUGCCUCAGCCGCCCAUCUGCACCAUCGACGUCUACAUGAUCAUGGUCAAGUGCUGGAUGAUUGAUGCAGAUAGUCGCCCGAAGUUCCGUGAGUUGAUCAUUGAAUUCUCCAAAAUGGCCCGAGACCCCCAGCGCUACCUUGUCAUCCAGGGGGACGAGAGGAUGCAUUUGCCAAGCCCCACGGACUCCAACUUCUACCGCGCCCUGAUGGACGAAGAGGACAUGCAAGAUGUCGUGGAUGCGGACGAGUACCUCAUCCCCCAGCAGGGCUUCUUCCACAGCCCCGCCAGCUCCCGGACGCCCCUCCUCAGUUCUCUGAGCUCCACCAGCAACACGCCCACUGUGGCUUGCGGUGAUAGAAACGGGGUGAACGGGCUGUCAGGUGAUCCUGAUACCCCCGCCGAAGUGAGCGGCACUGGCUGGAGUAACCUUGCCUCAUCUCCUCCCCAGCAGAGCUAUCCCCUCCAGGAAGAUAGCUUCUUGCAGCGGUACAGCUCAGACCCCACUGGCACCUUGACCGAGGACAGCAUAGAUGACGCCUUCCUUCCAGCACCCGAAUACGUAAACCAGUCUAUUCCCAAAAGGCCCGCGGGCUCUGUCCAGAACCCCGUCUAUCACAAUCAGCCUCUAAACCCGGCUCCAGGCAGAGACCCUCACUACCAGAAUUCCCACAGCAAUGCCGUGGACAGCCCUGAGUAUCUCAACACCACCCAUCCCGCCUGCACCAACGGUGUGCUCGACGGCCCUGCCCUCUGGGCACAGAAAGGCGGUCACCAAAUUAACCUGGACAACCCUGACUACCAGCAGGCCUUCCUUCCCAAGGAAGCCAAGUCAAAUGGCAUCUUUAAGGGUUCUGCCGCUGAAAAUGCAGAAUACCUAAGGGUAGCACCAGCGGGCAGCGACCUUACCGGGGCCUGACCACGGAGGACAGCCUCAGCCCUAAAAAGUCCAGCCCCUUCAUUCCCCAGGACCAAGCCACGGCAGCUACUCAGUCCCGUCAGCCAUACUCACAUUAACUCUUGGACCCAUGGACUGGUUUGGCCACAUCUGCCGUGAUCAGCCCAUCUUUCAGCCAACAAGUGCCCCCGACUCGGAUGCACUUAGGGGAGCUGCAGGGACAUUCCUUUGUCUUCAGACUGUGAGGCUUCCACAAAAGGCAUCCAGAAAGAAUGUUGUCCAUUUGGGCAGAAGUUCACCUUUCAAUGAGGUAUAUUUGAAAAACACUAAAUAUGUUUAAGGAGUUUUAUUGCUUGGGGACCUCUGGGGUUUUGUCAUUGAUUUUGCUCUCAAUGGGCUUGUCCAAUGAGGGACAGUCUUGCUCGUAGCACCUGUGGCACUGAGUUGACCCAGGCCCACCUGUGACCGAGAAGCAAGGGUCAGCCUUCCAGCUAACGCUUGAUUCCAUUGGCUCCACUUGGAGACUCUUCCACUGCAAGACAGUUGAAUAACGAACCAGUCCUCUGGAUCCUAAGCAGGCCCGAUUGGUACUAUAUCAAAUCACGGCAGGUGCGAGAGGAUAAGCCACUUGGAACUCUUCCUGGGCAAGGAAGAAACAGAGGGGGUGGAAUUCUUCCUCAGACUUACUUUUAUAUGAAUGUCUCCAUGGUACUUAACUCUCCAUUGGUUGACCCGUGUUUUCUGAUUACAAGUAUCAGAUUUGUUUCUUUUCCAUUCCACUGCGGUGAAGUUCAGCAUGCUUUCCCUGUCAGCAGGCGGGGACGGUAACCAAGAUCGGCUCAUAUUUCAUUCGUCAGCAUUCAGACCAGUUGCCUUUAAUUGAGAUGGAAUGACAGUGCAAAAAGGGACCAAUCCCCCAGAUGUGAGUCUCAGAGGAAAUACAUCAGGUCCUUUGGGGGUCAGGGGACAGGCAUGUAUCGGGAGACUGCAAGAACGAAGCUGCUCUUACAACUUUUAGCUCCCCCCGACAAAAAAAAAAAAAAUUUGUUCAAGCUACUCACGGAAGAUAGUUUUCUUUUUAUUUCACUUCCAGGCUUUUUUCCUCCAAGGGUACUUUGCCCCUCACUGGCAAGCGGCCCCGAAGCUCCUCCUUCCCUUGGUAAGCUGAAGGGUCCAGGCUCUGGGGCAGCUCUGCGGAAAUGUCUCGCCCUCACCACCACUGGCACGCUUUAGAAUAGAGACAGCAGUUUGUGUCGUGUGGAAUUCAAGCGGUAAAUAUGAAAUUUAAUUUGAUGAUACUGCCUUCAUAGCAUCUAUAGGCAUGUGAGAAGAAGAAAACAAUUUCCCCUUAAAAUAACUCCCUGUAAUUGGAGGACCUGCUGCUUAGGACACCAGCAUUUUCUCACCCGUGUCCCCGCACCCUGACUGUUAACACCCUUCUUGGUAGACAGUGUUAUAAACACUCUUAGUCAACACCCACCUCAGCCAGGAAGAAGUGUUUCAGACAAUAUUUUCAGCCGCCCAUCCCACAUCCCACAUACACAAUUUUCCUUUAGCUUUUAAGUUAUUUAUUGACUCAGAUGGAUCAGGGCCCCAGUUUUGUUACCAAAGUAUUUUAUCUUGUCUCAGUGGAAAUAUAAACUAUAUUCAAUUCAAUUCCAUCACAUCGUGUUCCAAAUACCCUUGAACACCUUACCAGCCUGGCAUAGGUACUGAAGAUAAACAAAACAUAAUCCGUGAUUCCACGAAAUUCACAAUUUAGCGAAGAAAACUGACUCACAAACGCCAGCCUUAAAACGAUAUGACACAUGCCAGACGUGACAUGUCAGCCCAGCACCGUGACAGCACAAAGCAGGGAGUAAGGGGGACCGGGUCCUGGAGGAGCCGUGGUGGAGUUGGGUUAAAAGACCCCCCCCCCCCAAGGCGUCAGCCACUGGAAAAUGGAAAGUGCGUUCCCAGCAGAGGGAGCCUCAACCACGGAGGCAUCUGCCGCAGGAACCACUCGUGCAGCCGGUCUGCAGGCCCACUGCCCCUUCCGGCCUGGGAGUUACAUUCCCCAAGGGCCCUUCGGGUCCGUCCCCACGGGGGAUUUGAAAAUGAUUUGAGGAAAGAUUAAACAACACCUCUUAAGAAUCUGAAAUUUUAUGUCCUUGUCAGUAAACCACUUUCAUUAUUUAUUCACCUCAGAACAUAAAUACUUUAGCCCACGAUUUAUCCAGCCCUGAGAAACGAUUCACAUUCUGCUGUCACUUACUUGUCAGGAAACAGAUGGUGAGGGAGGACCACAGGGUGCUGGUCCCACUGCAGCGCUAAAACCCUAGUAUUUUUGUAAUUUGAAAUACUUUACUAUAACAUAAUAAAACAGCGAGAACUAUUCAGCUUUUUUCUUCCUUGUAUUUCAGUUUUCCUGCAUAAAAUGUAGUUGCUAAAUUCUCUUAAAGAUUGUGUUUCCUAGAAUGGUCUCACUAUGUCUGUCCAAGGAGGUGCAGGGGGGCCUGUAGAUGCUUCAGAGCCCAAGAGAGCCUGAGUCCAGUCCGGGGGUCCCUGGGAGGUCAGGAGGGGGGCUCCCAGGGCUCCAGGAUUCCCACAUCGUGGCUCUGACUGGCCAGACCUCAGGGCUUAACGCUCACCCCUUUGGUUCCUCCUAGUUGACACGAGGCCCCGAGGUCCCGCAGAGAGCCUGUCUUCUGUUUCCUCCCCAGCCAUCCCUGGAACCCUUCCCCACGGCUCAGCUCCAGACCAGGCCUUUGGACACAGGUCAGGGGGAAGUAAGAGUCGGAGGCUAACAUUUACAGCUGACCCUUGAACAACACGGGUGCGGGUCUCUUUAGGCGUGGGUUUUUUCACUAGUGAACAUGGCAGUUCUACGCGAGCCCCAGCUGGCUGAAUCCUCACAUAAAGAACCGGAGGCUGCAGAGCGCCGACUUGCUAAAGUUACCGGCGGGUCCACUGCUCAGAAGGGUCAGCACCCCAGCCUGAGUCAUUCCAGGGUCAGCUGUCCAGUGGGCCUUACACACAUCCUCUCACAUAAUCUUUAAGGAGUCCCUGUUGUCACACUCUAUGAAAAAUUGUUCUGUCACCUCAGGGAGACAGAGGCGAAUCUUCCAAACUCUAGGUUUGCUCUGGUCCGAGUUGUCACUGCUUCUACAGCUAGGGGCACGGUGGUGGAGACAGCCGGUUGCAUUCCAGUUGACACUAAGGCUUAGGUCUUUGUUGAAAGUUCUUAAUUUUGAGCUUUAGUCCUCCCCCGCCUCCACUGCAGACAGACGUGAAUCAUGAAUUGCAGAAGCACAAAGGUCGUGGUUCUCAGGCUGGCUGCCCUUGGGAGUCUCCUGGGUCCCAACCAAAAAGGGUCUGAAUUUGUCUCAGGGCAGCCUGGGCCCAGGGAGUUGCAGAGCUCCCCCAGGUGACUCUAAUGAGCACCAGAGUUUGGGAAGCAGCCGUGCUAAGGAAAGGCUCUGCAGGGGAGACUCAGCCUUGGGCCGGCGGCCUCCCGCUCGUGGCGCGCUCAGCGUGUAGGAUGCGGCUGCUCGGUUUCAGUGACACGGUUCUCACCCUUGCUGCCCACCAGGACCCCCUGUGAGCUCAAAAGGACCAAGUGAAUGGGAAUUCUACGGGCUCCCCAUGUGAUUGUAAUGGGCAACCAGAGUUGAAACCCUCAUCUCUAAAGUCACCUUCCCUUGUACAAGCCUAGGCGUCUACACCGUGCCCCCAAGUCAGGGCAGAAUCAGAGAAACUGUGUGUGUGGAAGAGAUUCCUGAGGCAGGGCCAGAACGAGCCCACAGUCCCUGGUGUGCCUGGAGACUCAGCCACUGGUGGCCAUUCCAGAAGCCUCUAAUUCCUUGUCACCAGCAGCUGACUGAUCCUGAAAGUGGCAGAUACCCAAAUCUGAGCCUUGAGAAAGCCCUGGACAGUUUCAUUUCCUAAGAAGUAUUAGAAAAAUCCAUCUCCUGCUGCAGGGAAUGAGCUGCUCACCCAAAGCGACAGCUGUUGAACUUGCCCUUAACCUCUACUCUGCAUUUCUUUCCUGGUGACGAGCACAUUAUUACGACAUAAUGAUCUGUGUUUUUUCUUUGCUGGGGCUGUAAAACCUUAGUGAAUAGAAACCCCUACCUCUCUCACCAAUCACACCGGCUGCAUCAGGAGCACAGAUUUUUUACUAUUAAAGACACAUUCCAACAAGAUUUUUAAACGUAAGCCUAUUUUUGUAACUUUUUUCAGCACUGAACUUUGUAAGGUGUAUUUAUAGGAAAACUCACUUUUCUACUAAAAGAAAUAGCUUACCUUAGAAAGACUGCAAGAGAAUCAAAAUUUGAAACGGAAAUUUUUGUUUAAAGGGAUUUGACUGAAACAAGAGGAAAUUCUCUUCUCUCUCAUAAAAAGGCACAACAUCAUUGCAGAGCUAGGCUAGGUCGUUGUCCUGAUGAAGAGGAGACUCGUUUUUAUAUCUAUAAAGUGAGAAAAAGGGGGAAAGCACAUUUAGUUUCUUGGUCUGAAGCAGGUUCAUUUGACUCUGGGGCAAUUCAGUGGGAAAGAAUCACUGACAACUAAUACACAACUUCAGCUGCAUGCCGUACUCCACCCAUCUGCCAACGGGACCGUGUAAAUGUGGGAAAAACAAUAGCGGAGCACUUUGUUGGUUUCUCUAUCCCAAUCUGACUUUGAUGCAAAGGAUUUUAUUUUUGUAUUUACCAUUGAUAUGCAAUUACAAUAUAGACGAGAAAUACCAGCAGAGCCCUAAUAAUGUUUAGCAUGUUUGAUGAAUGCCACCAAAGGUCUUCCAAACUAAGCCGUUCCCACACCCUAGGGAUGGGGUUCUCAACGCCGGCUGCACAGUGAAAUCGAGGGGGGAGCUCUUGAAAUCUUGAGGCCCAGCCGUGCCUCAGGCCAGCGAAACCCAGGAUCUAUACUUUGUAAAACUCCUAAAAUCAUUCUGAUGUGCAGCCAAGGCUGAGAACCACCUGCCUAGGGAUUAGCCACAGGUGUGUGGACUCGCAGGCAGAUUCUGCAGUUGUAGACACCUGAGGACUGAGAGAAGUCCCAAGCACAAACACCCCAGCAUUGGACUUCCCUGGUGGUGCAGUGGUUAAGAAUCCACCUGCCAAUGCAGGGGGCAUGGGUUCCAGCCCUGGUCUGGGAAGAUCCCACAUACCACAGAACACCUAAGCCCAUGCGCCACAACUACUGAGCCUGUGCUCUAGAGCCCACGAGCCACGACUACUGAGCCUGUGAGCCUAGAGCCCCUGCUGGGCAACAAGAGAAGCCACCACAAUGAGAAACCUCUGCACCGCAACGAAGAGUAGCCCCCGCUCGCCACAACUAGAGAAAGCCUGUGUGCAGCAAUGAAGACCCAACACAGCCAAAAAUAAAUUAAUUAAAUAAAUUAAGUUUUUAAAAAAGCCAGCAUCACUUGCCGAGCGUCAGGAACCUGGCUGGACGGGGAGGGUCCAGGGCACGUGCCCAAGCACUAGAGGGGAGAGGGCCAAAAGGAAAUACAGAACAGACCCCUUUUUUCCAUGUCUUCCAUUGAAAGUGGACUGAUCGUGAGCAUCCUUGCUGCUUGUGCAACCAGCUGGCUGCCCUGCCUGGAGCCGCUGUGCAUCCUUUAUUGCCCAGGGAGAAGGGAAGCAGUUAGCCACAGAGGGAGCCGGCAAGGAGACUGCAUGAGUAGUUGGAUGGCAUUUGUAAAAACCAGAGCCAAUGAGAGGAUGCUUGCUUUAAGAAACACGUCUUAUAUUUUUUUUCUAUAUUACAUCUGGGAUAAAAUCUGAAGCAAUUAUUACUAUUUUCUCUUCCACAAGCACAAUAUGCCUUCCGAGAUUAUACAUUCCUAUCUGAAUUGCCAGCAGAAGUACUAAAAAUCCCCACCCUAUCACCUGGUAGAUAAAACUACACAUUUUUAGGUGCGUUUACUUAUUUAUUUUUUUAAAAAAAGAAACCUUUUGACUUAAUUUGGCUACAGAGUAAUCUUGCUGUAUAAUAUACACUCUUGGAAACAAAGACAUGCUAUGGAUCUGAUGACUGAUAUUAGAGGUGAUGAUGUAACUGAUUAGCCUCAGACACCAAUAACUUCAUUUUGAAACAAGCAAUACUUUUUAUAGCCUCUAUAUAUGGUACGUUUUAACAUUGUAAAGUUUUGCUAUGAUGAAAGCAAUAUUUGUACAAAUGGAAAGCAAGGUUUUCUUUUAUAUGGUUUACACUGUUGAUCAAAACAUGUUGAUUGUAUAUGGAGUAUUAAAAAAUUAGAUGUAUACUA